CACCUGCCUGACGCAGCUGUGUCGCCUGGUGGGCGGCGCAGGGGCAGACACCGUGCGGCCGCUGCUGGCCAGCGUCACCGAAGACAUCGUUAUGCCCAGCAUUGUCUGGCACCCGGGCCGAUCUGACGCGGCCAUCCGCACUGCUGCCAUCUCGUGCCUACACACGGAACUCAAAGUACCGGAGAUCACCGCUAGUGUCAUCACCGGAGAUCUGGAGAAACUUGUCACCUUGGUUACAGGUCUGCUGGAGGAGGAGGACCGACGGACCCGUCUGCUGGCUCUGCGCUGCCUGUCAGCGCUGUCCCAUCUGCCGGAGCCCGGCACGCUGCCCGUGCAGCUGGUGCACACCAGCGUCACAGAGCUGCUGAAGCGACUGGACGACACCGACGCCGAGGUGCGCCAGACGGCCGCCGCGACGUUCCCGGCGCUGGUGUCGGCGCUGGGGCCCGACUACAGCGGCGAGCAGUGGCGCGGCCACGUCGAGCACUUCGCCAGGACGCUGCUGGUGUUCCUGGACGACACGGACGAGGCGCUGCAGGAGCGGGUGUACGAGGCGCUGCUGGCGGCCGGCCAUCUGAACACGGCCGUCGUGUGCGAGCAGGCCAGCGUGGAGCGAGACCGCCAGCGCAGUCCGACCCGCUGCGACCGGCUGCUGCGCCAUUGGCAGUAG